GGUGGCCCGGCGAGGCGUCUCUCGUCUCGUGGCCCUCGAUGACGGCCACAGUCGAGGACGACCAGCAGAUGCUCGUCGACAUCGAGCAGAACAUCGCCAACCUGGAGCGCUCCUUCUGCGACCGGUCCUCCUUCGGCGGUUCACCGACACUGGGCAACGCCGCCGACCCCGCCAGCCCCACACCGUCGCGGAAAAGGGCACACAUGGCGAUGCGGCGGGUCAAGUCUCUGAUGCGACUGGGCAGACGGCGUACCAGUAUUGAGGACGAACUGCUGCCGCGCGGUGACGGGGGCGAGCUGAGCGGGGCGGGCUCCCAGCAGAGUCUGACCGAACUGCCGCCCCGACCGGCCAGCGUCUGCUCACAGGCGUCCGAUGAUAGCACCAUGUCGGCGACGGCAGCCACCGCGCGCGUCAGAAGACGCCGUGACACGCUGAUGCGUCCCCCGGCCACGCUGAUCUGUCUGUGA